UGCUCCCCAUGCCGCCUCCUCACUGCCGGAACUCUUUCUUGGCAAUCCGCACACUGCGAGGAAGGCCAACGCCACGCUUUGUACUACCCAUAACUUUUUCACUAGAUUCAGUAUUCGCCGCCAACAUGUCCGUCUCAACCCAACAGGAGGCCGCUAUUAAGCGGAACCCGCACCCGGACUUCAAGAAAGUCGAGGCGUCGCGCCCGGACUGGGAUAAGGAUUCUCAGUUCCGGUAUACUAAAACCGCCGCGCCUGACUGGACUAUCGGCUCCGGCGCUAAUAGCCAGCGCGCCGCAGAGGCAGACGACAAGAAACACGUGUGCAUCGACCCGUACGAGGCAGGGCGGCCCCUCACCUUCAACUACAAGCUUCUCAUCAGCGGCAUCGUUCCACGACCCAUCGGAUUCGUAUCGUCGCAAGCCGCGGACGGCAGCGCGCGCAACCUAGCGCCCUUCUCGUACUUCAACAUGGUGAGCCACGACCCGCCGCUCUUCGCGCUCGGCGUCGCCGCCUCGCUCGCCGCGCCAAAGGAUACCCUGCGCAACAUCCUCGACAGCCGCGAGUGCGUGGUGAGCAUCAUCGGCGAGGACUUCCUGGAGGCGGCGAACGCGACCAGCGUGGACGCGCCGUACGGCGCCAGCGAGUGGGACGUCAGCGGCCUGACGCCCGUGUACGACACGCGCGACGUCAAGGCCGCGAGGGUGCGGGAGGCCGUGUUCAGCGUCGAGUGCAAGCUCGAGAGCGUGCGCGAGUUCGAGAGCCGGGCCGAGCCGGGGAAGAAGACGGGGUGUCUGGUUAUUCUCGAGGGCACGCGGUUCUGGGUCCGCGAGGACGCGGUUAAUGAGGAGCGCAACUUGAUCGAUCCCGCGGUGCUCAGGCCGGUGAGCCGGCUGGGGGGGAUCACGUACGCCCGUGUUACGGAGGCGGUGGAGAUUCCGAGGCCGAGGUUUAGGGAGGAUUUCGGCGGGGCGGAGGGGUUGGAGAAGUUGAAGGGGAAGGGGGACGAAGACAAAGCUAACUAGUACUUU